AUGGCAAAGAGUGCAUAUAGACUAUACAGGGCAGGGCCUAUGGACGGCAAGUACCAUUUCAUCUGCAUGGACGCUUCGUCAAAGUGGCCGGAAGCGAUUUGGACCCCGUCAACAAGCACAAGCAAUACUAUAGAGUUGCUUUCUGAAGUGUUCAGCAGAUGUGGCUUUCUAGAAACACUCGUAAAUGACAACCGGCCACAGUUCAAAUCAAAGGAGCUUGAAGGCUUUCUAGGAAGAAUGGUUAUUAAACACAAAGUCACAGCCCCGUUUCACCCAGCAACAAAUGGACGAGCAGAGAGAUACCUCCAAACUAUCAAGCUGUGCCUAAAAAAUGGAACACUCGGUGGCAAGGCUGACGGACAGUUUGCGGAACUUCCUUAUGGAGUAUCCAAGGACGCCAACGGCGGCUACGGGGAAGUUGCCUGCAGCAUUGUUUCUUGA